UUUUAUUUUCUUCCUUCUUCUUUUGAUUUAUUAUCCCCUUUUUACUUUGUUAUUUAUUAUUUAUAUUCUGUAACUAUAAAAUCAUUAUAGAUUAUGGGAGAAUCUAAUACAGCAUCUACCAAUAUAUCAGUAUCAACAACCAUGGAAGAAAAAAUCAAUAAUGUAAAUUUAGAUCAAAAAGAAACAUCCGUAGAUGCAACAAAAUCAGUAGAUCAUGAUUUGGAUAAUAAAGCAAUUCGAUCAAAGAAAUUCAAAAGAGGAAUGACUUUUCUCGCUCUUCAAGUAUCUUUAUUCUUAGGUGCUUUAGAUGGUACUAUUGUGAGUACCUGUUUACCUCGCAUUGGAUCGGAUUUUCAAGAAUUCACUAUUGCCUCUUGGGUAGCUACUGCUUAUAUUCUUACUUUUGAUGCCUUCCAACCAUUGUUUGCUAAAUUUUCAGAUAUUUUUGGUCGCAAAUGGACUUUGGUUACUGGUAUUUGUAUCUUUCUUUUGGGAUCAUUACUUUGUGGUGUUGCCAAGUCGAUGAUCAUGUUGAUUAUAUGUCGUGCAAUUGCAGGAAUUGGUUCAGCUGGGAUUUUCUCUGGUGUGUUUAUUAUCAUCUCGGAAAUAGUACCUUUAGAAAAACGUGGAAACUAUCAAGGAUUGAUCAAUGCUGUGUUUGCACUUGCUUCUGUUUUUGGACCACUGAUAGGGGGUGGUUUUACUGAUAAUUUGACUUGGCGAUGGUCUUUUUACAUCAACUUACCUAUUGGAGGCAUUGCUCUCUUGCUAUUGAUCCUUUUCCUCGACAUGCCUACACAAAAAUCAUCUUUUGUUGACAAAUUGAAACGCAUUGAUUAUAUUGGUACUUUUAUCGUAUUGGUAGCUGCCAUUCUCUUUUUACUUGCAUUGAAUUUUGGUGGUGAAAUAUUUCCAUGGAAAUCAGCUGCUGUCAUUGUCCCUCUGGUUCUUACUUUUCUUUUGGCUUGUUUAUUUCCUGUUAUUGAAUCCAGAUUUGCCCGUGAACCUAUCUUACCUCCUCGAUUAUUUAAAAAUCGAUCGGUGGUUUCCAUUCUUAUUACAAACUGGUGGUUUGGUCUCAAUUUCUUUGCCAUUGUGUAUUAUCUCCCAGUUUAUUUCCAAGUUGUCAAAGGUGAUUCUGCCAUGUGGUCAGGUAUUCGCUUGAUUCCUAUGCAAAUGCUCAUCUGUGUUGGUUCUACUUCAGUUGGUUUCCUCAUUACUAAAACUGGUGCCUAUCGUCCAUUUAUUUGGUUUGGUACUUCUAUCAUGACUAUGCACGUUGGCCUUAUCAGUCUUUUUGAUGUGAAUACUGAUUUCUCCAUGAUUUAUGGUAUCACUGUGGUCGGUGGACUUGGUAUUGGUUGUAUGUUCUCUUCAACUAUCAUUGGAUUACAAGCAGCAGUUGAACCUAAAGAUAUUGCUGUUGUCACUGGUCUCGGCAAUUUUUCAAGAUUACUUGGUGCAGCUGUUGGUAUUGCUAUUGCAAGUAGUGUGCUCAACUCUGGUCUAAAUGAAAGAUUACCUAAUUUGAUUCCUCCUGAAUAUAUUUCUCCUGUUAUCAAAUCUUCGUUGUUUGUUCGUGAUGGCUUACCUGUACAAUAUCAAGCCGUUACAUUACAAGCUUAUGCUGAUUCUCUUCGUUUGAUUUGGUAUAUCAUGAUUCCCUUGAUUGCCCUGGGUAUUCUUAGUUCUGCUUUCAUCAAACAUUAUGAUCUUCGACGUCCUGGACAAAAGAAACAAAAACAAGAAGAACAACCAGAAAAAAGCACUGAUGAGAAGAAUGGUGAUGAAGUUGUAGUUGAACUACCUUUACCUGCUGCUAUGGAAUCAUCAUCCAAGGUGGAAAUUGCUGAAACAUUGGAUCAAGAAAAUGACAAGAAACCUUCAAACUAGAUAGGCCUCCAUCGAUGAUACAUCCCCUAUUUAUUUGUAUUAUUCUUAUUUACUUUACUCAUUCCACCUGUUCUUUUUUUUUUUAAGAAAAAAAAAGAUACAAUGCAUAGUGUGAUAUCAUACUGUAGUAUAUUUUCAUUAUUAUUCUUAUCUAUUCCUAUAGAGUAUUUAUCUUCUUUUUUUUUUAUCUCAAUUGUGUAAUUUACUCUACCAUAUAACUAGCUCAUACGUACAUCAUUACAUUAUCUCAAAUAAAGCGUUUUUUUUUUCUUUUACCACUGGA